AUGUUUCAUGGAUUGUUAGUUGCGGCAUUACUCAUCGGCGUCUCUUCAGAACGGUUUAGGUUUCCGGUAAGUGGGCUUUCGAGCGCAAUUUCGUCAUCGUUACAAUUUGAUUUUAACAUCGUUAAGGUUAACAGUCCAGGAAAAUUUCUCUGCAACGUAGGCAGCCAAAAUUUUGUGAUAUUUCCGUAUCUUAUGAAUGAUAUACUCCGCCGAUUUAAUUUGGACCAGUCUGAAAUUUGAAAACGGUUAUAGAUAUGAACUCCAUUCCUUCAACAAGUUUGAACACCAGUCGACUCUAUGUUCAACUGUAGCAAAAUAUUUCCUUUGCCUCGAGGCACAAGAAAAAUAUUCGGAUUUUUUAAUUUUGGCUGUCGAAAAAGUUUGGACCAGGGCAACAAAAAUUUGCAUUCCUUUAUCACUGGGUGGGGUGAAGCCAGGAUAACUUGUGAAAGUAAUUGCGAUUCCCUACUGGUUCUAACGAUAUGCUAUUCCGAGAUCAGCGCUGUGUUUAAGGCCCUGAGGGCAGCUUUUAAGGAAAUUUCUCAAAAUUCCAGAAAUUUUUCGCCCUAGCGCUUGAGUAAGAAGCGUAAAUCGUCUUAAAUUAGUUUCAGUGCAACCACAGUAUAGUGUACAUCUAAUUGGAUAACGUUCUAAAAUAGUUUUAGAUCCAAAAUUUUUUGUUCUUGGAGGAUUUGUGACUUUGAAAUUUGGGUUGGCGAUAAUUGUGAGGCCACUGCGCUCAAACAACUGCUAAAUCAUACAGCGUUUUGCGUGGUACGCAUGAGGGGCAUGCCACACUUUCCUUCUGUGUCAAAACAAUAUCCGAUUUACACGAGACAGAUGCACAAUAGACCGAACACUUUGAUAAAAAAAUUUAAGAAGAGGGUGCUUACUUAAAAGUUUUCGAAAGUGAAAAAAGAUGUUCCUAUAUGUAUAUUAUACGUUUAUUCCGCUACGAGGUGAUAGUAAGACUUGAUAGAACUUAAUUUGAUGCACAUUAAAUUGCUUUUUCUCAACAUGUUUUGACUGGGCCAACGAAAAAAUUUUUUAUCGAAGUGUUCGGUCUAUUGUGCAUCUGUCUCGUGUAAAUCGGAUAUUGUUUUGACACAGAAGGAAAGUGUGGCAUGCCCCUCAUAUGUCCCAAGCAAAACGCUGUAUGAUUUAGCAGUUGCUUGAGCGCAGUGGCCUCACUAUUAUCGCCAACCCAAGUUUCAAAGUCACAAAUCCUCCAAGAACAAAAAAUUUUGGAUCUAAAACUAUUUUAGAACGUUAUCCAAUUAGAUGUGCACUAUACUGUGGUUGCACUGAAACUAAUUUAAGACGAUUUACGCUUCUUACUCAAGCGCUAGGGCGAAAAAUUUCUGGAAUUUUGAGAAAUUUCCUUAAAAGCUGCCCUCAGGGCCUUAAACACAGCGCUGAUCUCGGAAUAGCAUAUCGUUAGAACCAGUAGGGAAUCGCAAUUACUUUCACAAGUUAUCUUGGCUUCACCCCACCUAGUGAUAAAGGAAUGCAAAUUUUUGUUGCCCUGGUCCAAACUUUUUCGACAGCCAAAAUUAAAAAAUCCGAAUAUUUUUCUUGUGCCUCGAGGCAAAGGAAAUAUUUUGCUACAGUUGAACAUAGAGUCAACUGGUGAUCAAACUUGUUGAAGGAAUGGAGUUCAUAUCUAUAACCGUUUUCAAAUUUCAGACUGGUCCAAAUUAAAUCGGCGGAGUAUACAUAAUCGAGUCAAUGACGAUAACGUAAUUCUUAUCACCGAAAUCCGCGGAACGAUUUAAUAGCCGCAGUUCUUUUAAACAUCGUUGAAACUUCAAAGCCCCAUGAUUUCUUUUGAUCUCAAACAAGUGGCAAGAAAAUUACGCCUGUUUAAUAGUCUUUUAGAUGUAACGAUAAAUUACACCGUGUCGCUAAAUUAAGGUUCUGUUCCACCCUAAAAACCCAUUGCUCUCCGGGAAUCACACGUUUACGGAUGUUUAGUAACACUAAGAUCACAAAGUUUUCGUUUUAAUUAUUCAGAAAAAUGGUACCCUUAUAGCAAAUUUGCAGAGAACGCGGUAUACGAACAUCUAUUAUUUGUAAUUUGAAAAUAAAAUUUAAUGAACUAGUUUCUACGCAAUGUCAUAAUCGAUGUUACAUUGCAAACAGGUGCCAUUUUGAAAUUUUCAAUUAACCGCACGAAUCUAUGGUAGCGAAAUUUCCUUUAUAUUUAUAAUACCUCAAAAAUUUGUAGUUGUAUGGUCUAAAUAUGUUUUUCACACAAUUUGUUUCAGAAGUAAGAAAUGUCUUGCCAUUUUAAGCUGCUUGAAAAUGUCAUUUUAAACCACUUUAUAAUGGCACUUUUAAUGAAUCGGUAAACUGAAUAGUUGCUUACGCAGGCACCUGGAUACAAAAUAUGAGUUCAACCUCGACCUGCGCUUUCUGCACAUCGAGUAAAGCCAGCGAAUCCUUGUCGUUUCGGCGAAGUCGGUCGUGUAAAAAAUGAGUCAUCUGCGGAAAAAUCGUCAGCGUUGCAAACAAGGUUUUCAGCGAACAAAGAUUUCUUCAAGGUCAUUUACAGUAUCCAGUUUUAGCCCAUUUUUAAAUUACCUGUUUUGUGAUAAUUUUUAAACUUUUGACUUAUGUUUUUCUUUAGGUGGAGCAAUGCAAAGAAGAGGUACGAGGGGCCAGAGAACGGUUAAAAACGGUCGUCCAAGACCUUGCAACAGAAGAAUCUGAAAACCGGCUUGCUCGACUUUGGAACCACCUGGAAAAAUUUGGGGCAAUCAACACAGAUCACAGUGAAGAGAUCAACGAAGACUGUGGUGAAAGAACGCCCACAUUGUUUCCGCCUAUGGUAUUUUCGAAAGAUGGUAAGAUAGCGAUUGAUCGAAUUAGGCUUUACACAUUUAUUGGAAAGGCCAACAGCGCAGUCGACUAGCCAACCAUGCGUGUUUCCUUGGGAAUUACGCUUUGCACAACUAACAACCUCUAAUAUAAAUUAAUAUUUCUCGCAUCGAUUAGAUUGUAGUCAAAAUUUUACAGGAGUUCCAUUGAAUGGUGAGGGUAGCAAGCUCGCAAUGUGUCGUAGUCCUUAGCGCAGAAACGCUUUUCGCCUUUAUACAUCGAGUAGAGCUUGUAGCAAACCUUCUUAGCCAUGAAAGACAGGGUAUACUUGUGGACGAUUUGUUUUGCUUCUGUAAUUUUUUAAAAGUAUACUAGUCUUAGGUAAUUUGCAAGCGCCCCGGUAUUUAAGAGCUUACCUUCGUCAUAAUACGAAUGGCGAUAACACGGCUCGCUUUCUCCCGUCGGAGUGCAUAAAAGCGGUAAUGUCUUUAGCACUCCGAAAUAGCACUGCUCCUCGAUGGGCCCCGAUUCCACCAACAUUGUCAUGAACCAUAAUAUUACGCAUAGAACCAUUUUCAUGUUGCAGCCGUCGUGAAAAGAGAGCACUCGGCUUUUUGUAAAAUUUUUUAUAUAAGUGUCACCCAGGCGUUGACCCCGCCUCUAAGCGUUCCAGUCUCUUGUUCAUGGGCUUUUAUCGGUCAAGUUUAAUUAUCCUACAUUUCAGGCAUCGAAAUUCCUAGCAUUUUCGGUAAGACAUCAGAGGACGAUGCAUAUGUUCAAUACAUGCAUAUGUUACAUGUAAGUUAUAAACUGACAGAAAUUUUUAAGUAGCAAUUUUUACAUUUCUCACGUUUCCGGUUUGGGAUAGAUAAGCACGUUCAUCGCAUGACUCUGACAGUACUCAUACACCUUUUAUGACUAAUAUUUUGAAGGUCAUGUGAAUCUUGGAGUUUUUGUAAAAUAGUUUGCAAAGAAAUGCACUGUUGUAACAGUUUAAACAUCGUUCAGGCGAACCUCCUUGAUGAGAAUAAAAUUUGCAACGUGAAUUUCCAAGGAUUGAAUUCGAUCAGCGAAGAACAGCUUUACGGAGCCGUAACACUUUUCGCCACCAAUCAUGCCAGUCCCAUUUGUCCCAUAUGCACGUAUGUUGUGCGGCUGGCUGUUGAUACGCUGGUCAAGAAUCUGGAUAAACUAAGUGCAAGUUUAACAAUCCAGUAUUCAAACAAAUGUUUAGGAGGAUAUAAGGCACUUAAUUGAAGCAGCGCUCAAAAUAAUGCCGCCUGCCGAAACACUGUGUAGCGGGAUCAUCCCUAUAUGUAAAGACGCCUACAAAAACGGUAAGUUGUACGCGAAACAGCGUCUACGAUAGCUUUUUCUGCAUUGGCCUUUUUGACUUUGUAACAGCAAAAUGAAAAAUUAUAGUUUACAACUUUCUGAUAAGCUAACAAAAAGAAGUUAGGGGGUUUGUCAAGGUCAAAAAACAGCUCUUAUCGUUUUAACAAGUGUUUCGUAAUUGCCGAUCUCUGAACUUAAAUACUUUGUAGGAACUGAGUACAAUUCUACCGAAUGCUUUAAAUGCUCAUUUUGCAUGACUGGAUCCACUUUACUGCAAGUGGGUGAUAUCAUUAUGAUAACGCAACUAAAUUUAGCACAACUUUUUGCAAGACCAAAAAAGAGUGGACGGGUUUGGAAGAAUGUUUGAAAAGCUGAUUCUCAACGAUUUCUGUACCGAGCUGUGUUAUGCUUAUCCCCCAGGCAAUUCGUCAAAGGACAGUAUGUUUCCGAAUGGAAUCUCUAAACAAGAAUGUAUCGACAAGUCCGAGUUGGCGUACAAAACUACAAUAGACAUUGCUCGGCAUGUCCUACUGCCUAAUAACGUCUGCCCAGUGGUAAGUUGCGGUCUCAGCUUUCUGUACGAGUUGUAGAUUGGGGUAUGCCCACCCAAUGCCACGCCUAACGUUCUUCAUUGUCUACACGAAUAUUGUAUAGAGAAUCAAAAGAAGUUUUCAUUUCUUGCCGUUGUAUGCGACAUGAUACCUGAUCACCCCGAGGAAGCCGACGAGUAUUUGAAUAUUGCCUCUCAGAAGAAGAAACUGAGAGCCGCAACCGAAAGCCGAGACGAAUUAUAA